AUGACCUCGCUUGUGCUAAUAACCGGAUCAACAGGAUUCAUCGGCUCAGCUGUCACCCAGAAUGUUCUUGAAGCCGGAUACAGAGUCCGCCUGGUAAUCCGACGCGCAGACCAAGCCCCAAAGCUAAAGAGCAUAUUCAGCAAAUAUACGGACCACCUGGAUUUUGCCAUCGUGCCAGACCUCACCGUCAGAGGAUGUUACGAUGAUGUCCUCGAUGGCGUGGAAUAUGUCCUCCAUUUGGCCUCACCAUUACCUGCUCCGGGCACCGAUGAUUUACUCACCCCAGCCCUGGAGGGGACGAAAGCUAUAUUAGAAGCCGCCUCAAAGUCAUCCUCCAUAAAGCGAAUUGUUAUUACAUCGUCGGUCAUUGCGAUGAUUCCGCAGGGUGGAAAGAGAGACAGCAUGGUCGUCAAAGAAACCGAUCCAAUUGACCGAACCAUUGAUCCGAGCGUGCUUCCGACCCUCCCACCCAUGGGCAAAUACCACGCCAGCAAACUGGCCGCGCACAAGGCCACUCUUGACUUCGUGAAGGAGAACCAACCGCGCUUCACCACAAUCUCUCUACACCCCGUAUUCGUGUUCGGGCGCAGCCUCGUGCAGACAACUGCAGAGGAACUGUCCGGGACCCCGGGUAUGCUGUGGACAUCGCUCGUAUCCGAGACGCCGGCUUUCGGACAGUUCCUGGGUGUGCAUGUGGAUGAUGUAGCUGCAGCGCAUGUCAGGGCAUUGGAGAUUGGCCCUUUAAAUAGCGACGAUGGGGAUACGAAUGCAGUGCGCUCGUAUCUGCUCGCUGCAGAGAGACGAUCAUGGGCUGAUGUCGACCGAUUUGUGCGAGAGCAGUAUCCGGAUGUGGAGUGGGCGUUGUCGCCAGUUGAAAGCACGAAUUAUGGCGUUGACACCACCAGAGCAGAGCGCGAGUUGGGCAUUACGUUCAAGGGAAUGGAGGAACAGGUAAAGGAUGUGGUUGACCAGCAGCUGGAAUUCCGGAUGUGA